AAGGACAAAAAAGAUACAAAAGCCAAAAAAUAGAAUCUACAAAAAGACAGAAUUGAAUCUCAAGUGUUUUUACAAAAAAUAAAACGUUGACUCUGAACUCACUCUGAAGUCUGAAGUAUAAACCCAAACAUAAUCAUUCAUCAUUGGUCUCUCCUCAACGACAAACAAACGUAACAACCACCGAUUCACAACAUGCUGCCACUUUCCCUUCUCAAGACUGCUCAAGGCCACCCAAUGUUGGUUGAACUGAAAAAUGGGGAGACUUAUAACGGCCAUUUGGUUAAUUGUGAUACAUGGAUGAACAUUCAUCUCCGAGAAGUCAUUUGUACUUCUAAAGAUGGAGAUAGAUUUUGGCGUAUGCCUGAAUGCUACAUUCGUGGGAAUACUAUUAAGUAUCUUCGAGUUCCUGAUGAGGUUAUUGACAAAGUCCAGGAAGAAACCAAGAGUCGCACUGAUCGCAAACCACCUGGUGUGGGACGUGGAAGAGGAAGAGGUAGAGAGGAUGGUCCUCCUGGACGUCAAGUAAAAGGAAUUGGGCGUGGCUUUGAAGAAGGUGGUGCUAAAGGAGGAGGCCGAGGAAGGGCUGGUCCAGGUGGAAAGCCUGGUGGAAACAGAGGUGCAGGGCGAGGUAGAGGUUGAUUUUUUGAAUAGGUGUGAUAUGGAACUAACUACAUCAAAUGGGCCAGUUGCUGCUUUUAGAGGCAUUAGUGCCCGCUCAGAAGAUUUAUUGUUUAUGAUUCCUGUGCAAUAUAGGUUUCCAAUUAUUUUGCUUAUACAGUCACCAAAAUGGUGAUAUUAUAGACCUCAACAAAGUUUUUAUGCUACAUUUUCUAAUGUCUUAGCUAUCUGCAUUCCUUUUCAUCACUGAAAAGCAAUGCCGGCGGUACCAGAACAUGUUCUUUUGUUUAAUAGUAGUAAAUACGAAGUAUCUCUCAAACCUUAAAUUGUUGUCAUGUGACUCAUGUUGAAUUUUGAUACUUGCCUGAUGAUUUGAUGAAGACUGCAGCCUGAAGUAAUCAUGAAAUCAUUAGUUUAUAGGAUAUGGUAUAUAUUUUGUUCUUUUAUAAAAUUUUAUUUUUAAGGGGGUUAGGAUUUAAGCAAAAAUUGAGUAACCAAAACAUUUUUGUUUUUAUAGCUCGUUAUUGGAAUUAGAAUCA